AUGGCUCACACUAUGGAACCACUGGCAAAGAAGAUCUUUAAAGGAGUUUUAGUAGUUGAACUCUUGGGCAUUUUUGGAGCGUAUUUUUUGUUUAAUAGGAUGAACACAAGCCAAGAUUUCAGGCAGACAAUGAGGAAGAAAUUUUCCUUCAUCUUGGAAGUUUAUUACAAAUCCAUUGAACAGUCUGGAAUAUAUGAAGUCAGAGAGCAAGAUCAAGAAAGAUGGCUGAAUAGCAAAAAUUAGGACCAGUCAUCGCGUUCAGCCUCCCAUCUAAGCUGUUUGAGACCUUUGCGGGGGAGAAGAAAGAUGAGCACACCACAUGGUAGACUCCUGGCCCCACAGAACAAAACAGGAGCUUCUGGCCUGCCAUGGCUUACAGUCAUUUCCCAUCCACUGUA